AUGGUCGGGGACUUGUUUCUUAGUCAGAAUUUUCUAGAUCCUUUGGCUGGAACCAUCUGGAUAAUUGCCUCAAGCUUCUGUGUGGUUCCCACGAGGUGGGCCCAGGUGGGAGGGGCUUGUGGUCUGGGAAAGCUGGAAUGGGGCCUGAGUGCUGUGACUUCCCCUCUCUGAGCCUUAGAUCUCUUAUCUGUAAAAUGGGAGGCUGCAUUGGUGGAUGGCAGAAGUCCUUUUUUUUUUAGCUCUGAAGGUCUAGGGUAUUUCACCACUGGAAGUUCAGCAAAUAAUGGCAUGACAACUCAGAGGAUGAAUCAAGGAAGCUUCAGAGGACCAGUGUUUGGACCACGUCAAUACAUGGAGAGGAAGAGGCCAGACGGGGAGUCCCAUGAUGCAGGGACCUUGUCAUCCUCCUGGCUGUAUCCCCAGAGCCUAGCACUGUGCUUGGCAUACAGCAGGUGCUCAGUAAAUACUUGCCAAAUGACUGAAUGCAUUGUGUCAGCAUCAGGAGGCCAUCAGGCCCUGAGGGAGCCAGGGAGAUGAGAGGAAAGCUUUUGGACUCUUGCCACACGUUACAUUAGCAGCAUCUUCUCCAAGUCCCGACAGCCAGUCUCCUGGGACGCCAUUUGA